AGGGGCAGAGGGGUCUUCCCAACCCUACCCCUAUUUUCAGUGAUUUUUGUGUGAGAAUAUUAAUAUUAAAAAUAAAAGCAGAAAAAAAAUCCUGUUUCGCUAACGUGCUGGUUGAUAGCAGGGAGAGUACCGGGAGGGCUGCAAGACCGUGAUUGAUGGGGAGGACUGCGCAGACCCUGGCAAGGGCGAGCCCCUCCCCGGAGGUGCCUGUGGAAUGUCCAGGGCUCUGGUCCGCUCCUCAGGAUGGGGGGUGCCUAAUCCUACAGCCGCAUUCCAGGAUAAGGGGGGUGGGGAGAGGCUGGGCCGGGGGAGGGGCAGGAAAGAGGACUAUAAGGCAGCGGCCCAGGCGGGCGGGAUACAGGCAGGCCAUGGCGGAUGUCCCCGGGGCACAGCGAACGGUUCCCGGCGGCCCAGAGCCCCGGGACCCCCUGGACUGCUGGGCCUGCGCUGUGCUUGUAACAGCCCAGAAUCUGCUGGUGGCCGCCUUCAAUCUUCUCCUGUUGGCGCUGGUGCUAGGGACCAUCUUGCUACCCGCUGUCACCAUGCUGGGCUUCGGCUUCCUCUGCCACUCUCAGUUCCUGCGCUCCCAGGCACCCCCUUGCACCGCGCACCUGCGGGACCCCGGUUUCACGGCCCUUCUGGUCACCGGAUUCCUGCUCCUCGUGCCGCUGCUCGUGCUUGCUCUGGCCAGCUACCGCCGCCUCUGCCUGCGCCUCCGCCUAGCUGAUUGCCUCGUGCCCUACAGCCGAGCCCUUUAUCGGCGUCGGCGCGCCUCGCAGCCGAGGCAAACCCGGGCUUCACCAGGGUCCCAGGCCCUUCCCACAUCAGGAAAGGUCUGGGUCUAAUUAUCCCCGAGUCAAGAAGAACCCUGACGGCUGCCUUCCCUCUUAUUCGGCCUAAGGACUGGAAGCCCCGCAUCUUCCGACCUGCCCUGCCCCCACCCCUGCCUGAUCGGAGUCCUAACAUCCCUUUGGGAACAGCUGCAUCAGUGGACCCAGUGCUGAUGAAAGCCCCUACAUCUCGGAAAACCCCCUUUCCCUCCAUUACCCACUUCUAAAUCCUCAACUUCUGGGCUGGACCCUGCACACCUCCCCCUCAGCCCUGUCGUGAAUGGGACCACAAUCUCAUGCCCUCCUUUUAUGGGGCAGCUCAUCCGGUAUUUCUGGGGCUGGGGGGCGGGGCCGGAGGGGAAGGAGUGUCCACGCAUCAAUAAAGAUUUAACGAACGUGCUCUG